ACCAACUUUAACCUCUUGUGUCACAUAUUAUUUGCUUCAUUCCUAAUCCUAAAUUAAUAAGUGCUACUCAUUUGAAAUUCCAUUAAAUAGAGAUCGCAAGAUCUCGGAUUGAUUCGACGAAAUUGCAUCCAACAUAUUGGUGUACAAGAUAAAGGCCAUUGAUAAAGACCUUUGUUACCACCGGACAUUGGAUAUACACAAGCUCAGUACCUUGUUGAUACAUAAGGGUCCGAGUGAGUGAUUUGAACUCGAACGGAAAUCGCGGCGUGAGAAAAUCAACUCACGCAGUAUCUAUACGGCGCUUAGCAGCAUGCACAUUGACUGGCACGGAUACGGACAUUAAACUCCCCACAUCAGUGCAAAUAUUAGAGGUCCCCGAUAAUCGUUUUGGGGACUUGAUACCAGUCUUUCAAGACUUCCAAGGAAUAUUCAAUGUUUGUUUGUCCAAGCAAACAGCGAUAAGGAAAAGUCUUUUUAACAUAAAAAUAACGUUAAACAAACUCGGGUUUGUAAACUUAGACAUACACCGGAAAUGGUAGUUGUAAUUAGCUUGUGAGAUACAAUGGAUAAAGACGAUUGAUCGAGUAUUAAAAUUGGUUCCGGGCCAUUCAAUUGUGUGAUGGAGCGAGUGACAGGGUGUCGCGAAAAUUUGACGAUUCAUUACGUGGGCCUCGAAAGUGAAGUUGGUUGAGUGAUUAUCGCACGCAGAUGCAUUAAUUAACGAUGCAAGAUAAAGUAAAAUAAAUAUUAACCUGAUAAAUCAUCAAUGACAACUCAUUUCACUUAAUGUUUGUGUUUAUUAGACUUGUUCUGCUUGUUGUCAAAAUUAAUUUAUUCACAAGGAAAUUAUCACUUUGUCACCUUGCACUGCUUUUAUGUCUGGACGUAAAAGUUCUGUCAACAGUUCUGGCAAGAUAAUGCAGCUUCGUCACCAAAGACAAUCUCCAUCACUUUCAGCUUCCAGCUUGUCUGUAGAGCUGGCUAAUUCAACUUCAAAUACAUCAAGUCGGCAUAUUUGUCAACCAAUAAAUCCUCUACCUUCGACAUCUAUGACGACAAUGUCAGGAAGAAUACUCAACUUGUCUUCGCCACUUUUCAUCAAUAGAAGCUUCAUAUGCUCAUCUGUACUUCUAUCCAUCAUUGCCUGGUCUGUCACGCUACUUCUGAUAUCGUCUUGUCUCGACGUUGCUGACGCUGGUUUAGUCAUGGGUCAUCCACUUGGCAAGCGGUCCUAUCUAGAUCUAGGCUGCAAGGGCGUAUAUGACAAAAGUAUCUUUGCACGACUCGAUCGUGUUUGUGAAGAUUGCUAUAAUCUUUUCCGAGAACCUCAACUUCACACUCUUUGCAGACAAGAUUGCUUCAGCACUAAAUACUUUACGAGUUGUAUUCAAGCUCUAUUACUUGAGGAUGAAAAGGAAAAGUUCCAGGAAAUGACGGAAUACCUCGGCCGCAAAAAGUAAAAGAAAGAUACUUACAAAGCAUACACGCCGGUACGAGAGAAUAAAAACAAGUCAUGGAUGCAUGGAAAUAACAAGAUAAUUAGCCAUUAAACUGUUAUCAAUAACCAAAAACAAAACGAUAAAACUGCACUACAAAACAAAAGUUCGUUUAAACUUAUCAUCCCUGACAGGACUACAAGUUUUGUCGUACCUGGCGUCUUAAGCGGAACGAUACCGAAGACCAUACAUCCUUUUUACAAAUUCUAGUCGACAAAUAUAUCUACAAUGUGUUAUUACGCGCAUAUUAUAGACAAAAAAUUAUAAAAUGCUAUUACAUAAAAAUAUAAGUAUAUUUAU